AUGCAAUAAAAUUAAAAGACUAGAGAGCGGAGCUAUAGUCAUCAGUCUUCUGCGAGAAGAAUGUAGCAAAAUCCUAACAUUGUGCCAUAGUAGAAGCCUUUAGCAAAUACUUUGAUUCCAACAACAAAUUUAUAGCCGUUCUAAACAAAUGUUGACAGACCUUAAUCUAAUAGAAAUGAUCCUUCCUCUAGAUAAAUAAGUUAACAAAUUUAGCAAAUGAAAGGAUCUUAGCAAGGCUAGGCGCAAUAGUUGCAACAAUAAGAAGUAUUUACAUAAAAGAUAAAGUAAGUUAGAUUACAAAUGAUUUAAAAUCACAAAUAUGCAAUUAGGAAGUGA